AUGGUUAGACGCAUACUACUGGUUUAUACUUUCUCAACAUUAAUAACCGAACAAACAGCAGAAGCAUCAGAAAUAAAAAUAUCUUUCGGCAAAAAAAACUCCGACAACCAUACAAUAGCUUUCAAAACUAGAGAUAUUGCAGACAAAGAAUAUAGAAAACAUAUACAAUACCAUCCUCCUACGGCUAUUUUAGAAGAAUCUCUUACUACACCAAAAUCCCGAAAAGAUACUUUUAAUUUUCAAAAAAAUGAAGAUGGUAAGAAGAAACAUCAUCACAAAUAUAAAAAAGUUAAAAACGGUAAAAAAAUUAAUAAGCUAUUAAGUGACGAUGAAUCUUAUAAAACGCACAAAAAUAAAGGCAAAAAUAAUAAUAUAGUAAGUGAUGUCAAUGAGAAAGAAACAUAUAAAGACAGCGAGGAUGCAAGUGAACCACUUGUAGAAACUUUAUCUCUCCCUACGAAUGUGGAAAAACUAAACGCUAAAGUCCCUAAAAAAGUUUCUUCAAAAAAGAAUAAAAUUAAAAAGGCAGAUGUGAAAUCUACUGUAAAACACAAACAUAUAUUAAGAGUAAAACAUCGCGAUGCAAAGCAGUCAAAAAAAGCUAAAAACACAAAGCCAUCAAAAAUUACAGGCAUUGAUAAUAUAAUCGAAUCAAAAGAAUCGAUAACCGGAGACAACGAUUCUCUAGAAAUGGACUCGACUCCCCCUUCAAACAUGGAAAAACUAAAAGCUGCAGUUCAUAAAAAGAAGGAUAAAACGAAAAAGGAUAUAAAACCGAAAAUUGAAAAACAAAAAAAUAUCUUAAGAAUCAAACAUAGUGAUACAAAACAGACAAUAAUAUCGAAAUACACAAAACCUUUAAAAGUGACAGUUAUUGACAAUAUAAUCGAUUCAAAAGAAUCGGUAUCUCGAGAUAUCGAGCAAACUAUUAACAGAAAUACACAAUCGGAUGAAAAAACAGUUGAAAUAACAUUGCCAAAAAAAGUUAAUGACAAUCGUAAAGAUUUUGAGAAAGAAAAAACUGACUAUCCCGUUAUUCAUGAAGAUUAUGACAAUAUUAAGCCUUACGGACAAUCAGAUUCAACAAAUGAAGAAAAUAGUGAUCACUCCAUAUCUGAGGACAAUGAAUUAUACAAGCUUAAAAUCCAAGAUGAAGAAAUAAUUACAACUACUACAGUAAUAACAACAGAAAAAUCUCAAAAAAUACGAGUAUCAAGAAAAGAGGGCCCAUUCGAGAAAAUCGGUAGGAAUAAACACUAUUUUUACGAGUUAAAACCGAAAAAUAACAAGAAACACGGUACUAACGCUCUCAGAAUGAAAAUUCAGCACCCUAAACGUUUAGGACAUUCUUCUAAACAUUUACAUAAGAAAAACAAGUUACAUAAACAUGGAAAAAGCGAUUUGAAAUCCAAAACUGUCAAAAUCAAAAAGGGUAAAUUUUCAAACGGAAAAGUUGAUUUUGAAAAAGGAGUUAGCAAUAUCGUACGCCAAGGUCCAAAUGUAGACUCGGAAGAGGUAAGUUCAUCAAAAGAUGAGUCAAAAAUACAAGAGAAAGUUAAUGUAGAUUCUAACGAAGCUUUAUUAGAACAAAAUGACAAAGGCAAAGCUAAGAACGCAGCUACUGAAAAUGUUCGUGAUACCAGCUUCACAAAAAAACCGCGAAAAAUGCAUAAAAAAACUACAGCUAAGGAUGUAACCACAGAAAAUUCAGCUAUCGAUAAUUUUAAAAAGAUCUUACAAGACCCCCUCGAAUCGAAUGAAAUCGAUUUAAACGCUACUCUAGAUAGGUUUGCGUCUUCUAAACUCUUCGAUAUUUUUACUGAAAGAUUAGCUAAUCAGAUGCUGCUGAAAAUGCAGAGAAGGUUAGGCGACAGUAAUGUGAAUAAUCUAGCGAGGCGAACGGAAAUAGAGCCGGACACAGUUGAACGGAUUGAGAUAUCGAUAACAAAUGAUGGGGAUAUGGUGAUUAACCAAGAUUUGAAAAAGGAUGGGACAAAUGAGUCUAUGUUAUACGUGAAUCCGAAUUUAAGAAGUACGGCGCCUUUGCGUUUGAAAAUGCAAAAUUAUCGUUACUAA